AUGAAGAAGUCGGGUGCCGAGUUGGGGCAGCAGGCGCAGGCGACAGCAGCAACAGCAGGGGCCCGGGCAGGAGCGGCGGCGGCCCGAGGGGCGCUCCGUGGCAUGCGCCAGUCUCUCGGAGGCCGGGGCGCGCGCGGGGGCCCGGGGGCGCCCGCCGGGGCUCGGGGGCCUGCGCUCCGGCUGCCCCACCCCGCGCGGCCCGCGCCCUGCGCGGCUCUCGGGCCCCGGCGCGCCCCGGAGGAACGCGGCCGCCGCUUCCCUGGGGGCGGCCGAGCCUGCCCCAAUCGGCGCCUCCCCAAGAAGAGGCUCCCCCGCAGUGGCUCCCAAAUGUCGGGCUCGCCAGCCUCAGCUUCCUACAUGGAAGAUCCGCCGGGGCAAAGACCGAAAGGCGUUCGGCUGGGGGUCCAGGGCUUCGGCGGGGACUUCCUCGGCGCUGGUGGGGACGCGGGGACCGAAGAUGCUGCUGCGGCGGCGGCGGCGGCUGCGCCCCGCGGGGCUGACAGCGCCGAGGAGGGCGGCGCGGUGGCUGGCCCCCGGCGGGGCGCGCGCUCUCGCCCCCCUCCCCCGGGCACAAGCGGCUCGCUAGCGGAGGAGCCGCUGGUGCCCCCUCCCCUGAUCGCAGCUGGCCGCCGGGGCGCCCCGCAUGAGCUGCCCGCCCCGACUCGGCUGCGACUCUCCUCGUCGCUCUCGGGAGCCUCCUUGUCCCCCGUCCGCCCUCUCCUGACGCUCGGGUCCUUCUGCCGCCGCCGGGGGCUCGCCGCGCCGCUCUCAGGGGCUCUGGCGCUGAGGGCGGCUCGGCGCCGGCGGGCUGGCUCCGUCUCGGGCAGCUCUCUCUGGCGCGGCGAGCGGACCCAGCACGGCGCCCGGCUGGCUCGGCUGGCGCGGCUCGGGGACAGAUCCACCGUGCGCCGAGCAGCAGGCUCAGUGGCUGCAGGAAAGCAGACAGAUGCACGGGAAAGUUGCUCCAGGCCUGAGGUCUUUGAGAAGCCAGGGGGCCCAGCAGGGGAUCAACUGAGCCACACUGGCAGCGGCUUCAAAGCCAGUAAGCCCACCACACCCGCCACGGGAAGAGGCGGCCCAGGCUGGGGGGCUGGAGGGUCUGUGGGCGGGCUGUGGGAAUGGAGGCGCCACGCCGCUACCCCCACCCAGCGUGGAGAUGCUGAGAGAAGGGGGUGGGAGGGGCCUCCGGAGGGGGGUGGAAGUGGGGGUCCGCGCACGCGAGAGCCCGGUGCCCAGCCAGACGCUGGGGUGCGCGGCUGGCUGGUGACUCAGCCGGGAGGAGAUGGCGGGGACGGUGGGGGCGCGUGCGCGUGCCCGGCGCCGGGGAGCGGGGCCGCGGAGGCGCGUGCCCGGGAGCGGGGCCGCGCCCCGGGGGCCGGCGGGGGCGGGAGCGCACGCACCGCGCAGGCGCCGGGCGGGGACCAGGGCACCACCACGCACCGUCUGCCCGGCGCCGGGUCCCGAGCGCCCGCGCCGCCUCCCGGGGCGCCGAUCUCGGGGGUGGCGCAGGUAGAAGCCGGGGUGGGAACGGGGACACCGCAGAGCUCAGGUUCCAGCCGCCUGGCGAAGUCCGAGCACCGCGCUGCGGGAGCCGAGGCUCCCCUGCCCCCCCCCCCCCCACGGCAGCAGCUGCUCCCGCAGCUGGAGGAAGUGGGGCCCCGCCAGCCGGCGAGGCGGGGCGGCCGAGCGGGGCGCGGGGAGGCGCCCGCGGCGGGGACUCGGCCGGGCGGGGCGCGGGCCGCUGCGCCGCGGUGGCGGCGGCCUCCUGUAAACCCUAAUGACUGCAAUCUCGCCCGUCUGCGCCGCUGA